UCUAUCUCUUUCAAGAAUUCUAAAAAAUAAACUUGAAUUGUGGAAGGACUUGCUGAUAAAACAGUUUUCAGGAAGACUUUGCCUGUCUUUGUUAAGCAGCAUUAAGCAUAAAAAAAGCAGAACCUAUGUUUUUAAAAAAAACUGUCUUGAGUGAGAAUCUUCACAGUACGGAAGAGGAUUAGGGCCACUGAAAAAAAGCCUUUUUUUUUUUUUUUUUUACAGUGGCCCUAAUCCUCUUCCGUAUCAGAUAGAGUAAUUACUAAAAAAGAGAAAUUGGCAAUUUCAUCCUUGUGUAACCCUUAUAGCCUGGAUAAACAGGGGUAUCUUAAUCUACAAUUUCUACGUUCAGGGUUUCUAAUACUUUAGGUCUGAUUUCUAGGUUUGUAGGAGAUUGGCUGGCAAAAAAACCCUCCAACUUCAAUAAGAACACCAACUCGCAUUCAGAUAACAAACACACAUUUAAUUUAACAAAAAAAUAUAUACAUUUUCUCCGGUUUUAAGUUUGAUGCAUCAUUUAUCAGUUUGUUUGUUUUUGUCUUUUCUGUCAGGCCUGACCAAAAAAAAAAUUAAAAUAGUUCUCUGAGAUCUCAGGAUAUAAAAUUGGAAAAAGAAAGGGGAUCCUCAAAAAUCAAUUCAAUUCCCGUUACCGCGCUCCUGCUUAACCUUCUGAUCCAGGAUGUCCAGAUUUCCCGAAAUUCAGCUGCACAGAAUCCCGUCCCUGGAUGGUGCACUUUGGAUCUUCAAGGAGAGUCCAGCAUAGGAAAAAAAACAGUCAGGAUGUUCAAAGAAAAAAAACAAAACGUUCAUAGGAAAAAACCUCUGGAGUUGUUCAAUAAAAUUCUUCUCCCGAAUCGUGCUGGUCUGCACAGGUUGUCUGCUCGGCUUCUCCCAAAUAAAAUGUGCGACAACUCUUUUUCCUCCGUUUCAACGGGGCUACCUGCAGGGCUUUGGUGCGUUUAAGGACCAUCGGAAAAUACAGCUUUUAGCGAAAACUCAGCCUUUAGAAAUAGCUAUAGUAGUUGUUCUGGCUCCAAAAGAGGAAUGGAUUAGGCCCUAAAAUAACCAUGGGUUACACUUGCCUUGGGUAUCUUAAUGUUGUUGACUCACAAAUAAAAAAGAAUCCUGUUUUUUUUUUUAUCUUUGUUUUAUUAUUAUUUUAAGAAGCAUGGGUUGUUAAUUAAAAGUAUGAAUGACAAAAAGAGAUAGAUAAACCAGUAUGCUGCCCACGGGGGCUCAUUCAAGUGUUAUUUUUAUUUUAUUGUAUAUAUUUAUAUAUACACAGAACCCCUCUCACCCUCAGCAUGGUUUCUCCUUUUAGCUUGGGUCCUCUACCAGAGGCGUGGGAGCUUGAGGGUCCUGUGCAGUAUCUUAGCUGUUCCUAGCACUACACUUUUCUGGACUGAGAUGUCUGAGGUCUUUCCAGGGAUCUGCUGUAGUCACUCCUCCAGUUUUGAAUUACCACGGGCACCACUGUCACUUUCACCUUCUAGGCUUUCUCCAGUUUCUAUCCCUGGUAUUAUUGAGUCCCUGGUAUUGCUCCACUUUCUCAUGUUCCGUCUUCUUGAUGUUACCAUCGCUUGGUACUGCCACAUCCACAACUGCUUUCCUCUGUUCUUUAUCCACCAUGUCUGGUUGAUUCACCACAGAAAGUAGGCUUCAGCUGUAAUUACUAACUUUUUACCAAAUAUUUUUUCCAAAAUUCCCUCUUCUUUUCUAAAUCUGUUUUUUGUCAUCAUUAUUCAACUCUUAUUAUAGGCUACUUGUGUUUUGUUUCCCUUGUCUUGGGUUUUGUUUAAACCUUUUGUAAUAAAUGGAACAACCGCCACUCUUAUUUGAUCCCUCCCAGUUUCUUUUUUCUUUAUGUUGCACCGUUUCCCCUGUGGGGUGUAACAUUGAUAUUUAACGUUUUGGUUUUUUUUGCACAACAUUUUCACUCCACCUACAUUUUUUACGUUUGUCUUCAUUUACAUUGUUGCUGGGAAAUAGCUAAGAAAUGUAAGUAUUGGGUAAAAGAAAGAGGAAGUUAAAAGUCAGCUAAAGUAGAGUUUGUGACACAUUGUAUCAUUUCUGUUGAGUGUCUUUAACCACCAGAAUGACUUCUCUAAACUGUUUUCUGAUACUCGCUGGUCUAACAGGAGUUUGUUAUUGCAGGAAAACUACAAUCAAUGAAGUACAAGUGGUGCGUGGAGCUUCUAUCUCUAUCCCAUGUCUCUAUGACUCGAAAUAUGAAAAACAUGUGAAAUAUUUGUGUAAAGGACAUUAUUGGCGCUCUUGUUCAUAUGCAGUAAAAACCAAUAAACUUGACACAAAUGGAAAUUUUUUAAUUCAAGAUGUCAAAGAACAGAAAACUUUCACAGUGACCAUAAACCAUGUAGAUACAGACUCUUAUUACUGGUGUGUUGUGGAAAUCGAUGGAGGGGCUGAUGAUAGAGAAUUUUUUCACUUAUCGGUCUCAAGUACACCUGCUCUCAGAGUGGAUCGUCAAAAAAUGGAAGGAUUUCGUGGCGGCAACAUAACCAUCAACUGUUACUCUCGUAGCUCUGGGAUGAGGAAAUGGUGCAAGCUGGGUGGAAAUUGCGUUACAAGCUCAUUUCAAUUGGUAGAUGGAAGAAAAGUAAUCAUCAACAAGAAUCAUUCUGUCUAUUCUGUUACAAUGAUUGGAUUGAAACAGGAAAACAGCGGCUGGUACUGGUGUGACCAAGGACAGUUUCAAAUGCCAGUGCAUCUAACAGUUACUGAGAGACCUGCUACUACUCUGAAAUCUGUGACUGUUACUGUUGCUACGACUGUAACAAAUGUAACACAGCCUUCAGUCAAAGAACGAACUGAUCCAACAAUCCUUUUCAUCUCCCUGGGUGUGCUGAUCGUCAUUGUGCUGGUGGCUUGUUUGGUCUGGUUUGUGCUGAAAGGCAGACAGGCUAAAACAGAACCAGACAUGGAAAAGACAGAAGACAAAGUAGUUUAUUCUGAUGUCACUUUCCAGAAAAAGAAGACGACUGAGAUAGCACCUGAAAGUGAUGUGAACGUGAUUUACAGCUCUGUGGUUUCACUUAAGCAACAGGACAGAAGAGUGAAGCAGAAGUAAAGGAAGAUCCGUGCUGCAUUUAUUUCACAUGUCUGACGAAAAAGAAAAAAAAAUCUUGCUUUCUCCAUCUUUUAUUCUGUGUUGUUAGUGUGUCAUGUAAUGAGAUAAAGCUGUGGGGAGGAAAACACUUUGUAAAAUGUUUUUGGCUUAUUUGUAACUUUUGCUUCUUUUUGGCCAAAUAAUUUAAUUUGAAUAAGGAGUGUAGCAUGAUAUUAAACAAAGAUGGUUUAUUUAAAUGUUAACAUUUGAAAUUGGUGCUGUAAUAAACAGUGAUAGCCCUG